CCCCAAGUCACCAACAAGCCAAACAGGCUCUCUCCUCUCCUCAACUUCCGCUGUUCACCAUAGCGGGAUGAUGGAUGACAUCGAUGCCCUGGGCGGCCUUCGUGGCCUGUACCAGGACUUGUCUGCCAUCCCCGAGUCGUCGAUAAUUAACGUGGAACGCCUGUGCGUCGAGUUAGAGGCUCACCUGGAGGAUUUUCGCAAACUUUUGAAUAAGCCCGCAAAGAAUGAUACGAGUCGCAAAUCAGUACUUUCAGGGAAGUUGACCAUCGGGGAUGCCGAAUAUGCGAUCAAUUCCGACUUUCAACAGGGCGCUCUUCAGCUUGCUGAUGCCCUUAAUAUCGAUGAGGUUGAAGCAGCGACACUUUUCAUGUCUGCGCAGGAGGAGGCGCAGCAGCUAGACCGGACACCGCUCAUCACUGCUAUAAUGCAAUUUCAUGAGCGUAGACACUUCUUACUCGAAUGCCUGCGUCUCAUUUUCCAAGAAUCCUCGAACCCUGAGAGGGAGGACAUUCAAGAACUGAUGCAGAGUACAAUUGCUCAUGUACUUCAAACGAAGCAGGGAAGCCUUAGGAAUGCAUUUGAUUUUACGAAAAAAUGCCUGAGCGCCAUGGAGGAGGUCGAAAAAUGGCUCACGCUAAUCGCCGAACAAAUCCAGAAGGUGUCAAUUGUUGGGCAGGCUGAUGAUGUGGAUAUUAUGGAAGCCAUUGAAUACCAGCGAUCAAGUCUAAGUCAGCAACACGAGUCUCUGGGAGCCGUUGUUUGCUAUCUUUUCAAAGGAAGCUACGCUUCCUCCGAAGAUGUUCGACUUCUUCUGAAUCGGGUACGAAAGCUAGAGCGAUUCGAUAUGAUCCUCAUACACUACAUACCUGCCCUUAUUGCUUCGAUUGUUAAAUAUGGUUCUCCCAGCGGGUGUGGUACUCGGAGGGAGGCUCGAAGUCUUCAUACGACAAUAAUUGCAUCCGAGGAAAUUAAUUCAUGGGCAUUGGCGCCAUUCCAUGCGGCUGUUAUUGCUUGGUGGCUUUCAGAAUACAGCGGCUGGUACUAUGAUGCGGGGCCAGCUUCUCCAUUGCAAGGAGUGGAUCUCGAGAAAGAAGCCGAAGAACGCACUACUCUAUUCAAAGUUGCACUGGAUGAUGGAGCUCUUGAAUUCAUGCUCGCAAUUUGUGCUGGCGUCAACAAUGACGAAUGGAGCCAUCCUGCAAGAAACGAACUGGUAAACCUGCUUCUGAAAGAAAGUCCAGCCUCUGUACUAGAACCCGAUUCAAUUGCAGACUACCUCAAAGCCCUCUUGAUGGAACAUUUCGAUACUUUUACAGAAUCUUGUAUUGCCAACAUGCCAAAUGCGGUCAGAAUGCUCAAGUCGGACGAAGAUGCUCAGCGAUUAAACCAAAUCACGGCACUUAGAGACGGUCUCAAUUCAAGCCUCCAUCGCGGUCUGUUGGAGGCGCGCACCCACCUAGAAAGCUUUCUUGUCUUGAUGGCCUUUGCUUUUGAAGGACGACACGACCCUUCACAAGAGUUCUGGGCCGACCCCGAUGGUAACCUAUAUGGUUUUCUACAAUGGGCAUCGAAACGUCAAACAGUCCCGCGUGUUAGUGCCUUUUGUGAAAUGCUAUGCUCGAUCUCAGAAGGUGAGGACAAUGCAAGAUCAGCCCAUAGGUUUCUUUUGGAAGAAGACAAACAAUUGUCUGUAAAAUUCAGGCGCUCCCCGUCGAUGAACUGGAGCCAGAUGUUCGCAGAACUUCAGCUCUAUGCUACAAAGGUGACCGAAAAGCCGUCAACCUCACGCACAAUAUUACAUACUCGAAAGUCAGAGACUGUGGACAUGAACGAACCAGAAAGUCCAGUGAUGCUGUCAUGUUACCUUCGACUAAUGGGUCAUUUGUCCAAGGAAAGCAGCACCAUUAGGGAAUGGAUGCUACAGCACCCUACCUUCAAUGUUGUCAACACUCUUUUGACCCUCUGUAGCGGCUCCAUUCCCACACAUCUCAGAGCUAGCGCAUUUAGUUCUCUCAAAUCUCUAAUGACUGACCGGACUUCAAGCCAUGGAAACGACAUGUGGAUGGCCAUAGAUCAAUGGAUUUCUGGAGCUGCUGUGAGUGCCUCUAGCCUUGCAAAGGCGCCAGUAUUGUCAAAUCAACCCGCUUGGCACGAACGACAUGCGUUCCAAAAGAUUGGGGAGAGUUUUGAUCAAACAAACUCUUUCACCGAAUUGAUUCACACAUUAGUCACGCCGACUUCAGACCCGCUUGAUCAUCAGCUCGCUCUUCCCUUCCCAGAGGCUCUGGGGCACGCAUUCGCAAGAAAGGUUCCCGACGUAACAGAAGCACAAGGACGAUUGCUAGCCCUGAAUUGUCUUAAUUUCGUGGCAACAUGUUUGGCUACUUUUAACGAGAAUCUAGUGGUCAUAGCCCAUCAACCUGCUGCCAAUUCCGAUGCUAACAUUAACUCUUCUGAUCUCAAUACUUAUAUCCGGCUUCAUCCAUUUGCACGCGUCUUUGAGUGGCUAUUUAACGAAGAUGCGCUUAAAACCUUGUUCGUAGCAGCCAAACAAGAUGUGUCGGAAGUUGCAAAAGCAUCAUCAGAGUCUGUGCUCAUACAGUCGUUGGUCAGAAGCGUGGAAGUGAUAAAUCUGGUGCUGGAUCUUCAAUCGACCUAUUUGAACAUCGUUCGCCCAUUACUAAGGAAUCAACCUUCUACGGCCAAGACCAACGUUGCUAAUUCAGCUCUUGCCUCGUUUGAAGAUAGCAUUUUGAACAAUCUCAGUUUAGUUCUGGACCUAUGCCUAUAUUGUGGAACCGGACACCAGCAGCUGACGGUUGUAUCUUUGGCGUUACUCGAGAAGCUUUCUAGCUCCAGAAAGCUGAACAAGUCAUCUCCAACGACCUUACUGACUUGGCAAUCGCCAAACAGGAUUGUUGAAGUCCUGAGCACCGAAGUUGAUACAGACAGCGUAUCACGUCCGCUAGUUAACCAGAUGCAACCCGAUCCAAGAGAACUGGACUAUGGUCCAUUGUCUUCAGGAUAUCUCAUCCGAGAGGGACUUUUAGGCUUGCUGAAUAGCUGUUUGGAAAUGAUAACAGACAGACCAAAUAUUGCACACCUGCUCCUUGGUUUCUCAAGUGUGGGGAAUUCACUUGAUGUAAACCCUGACAGUCUGCUCGCGAACGGAAUGUCUUUACUCCAUGCUAUCAUCACUUUCAUGCAAACAUACCCUACCGAACUUGACGGGAGCAUCAUGUCUUGGACUGUUCAUUCGAAGCGCGUGGCUUUCGAGGUCUUGAGACAUCUUUGGUCGUCAAAGCUUUCGUCCACUUUUGUCCUUGCGGAACUUCGAAUGAGUCGCUUUUUAAUGACAUCAUUUAUUAGCCAACCUAUUGUGAAUGUCAACACAUUUUGGGGCGAGUUCCCAUCGACAGUGGGAGAAUUUUGGCUUUCAGACUCGGCAACCGCGCUGUCUGAAUUCUUAGCCUACCGAAGUCAUUUGUUUGACUACGCUGUGACCGAAAUUCGAGCCGCCUCUAAACUUGGCUCACAAACCCUGCAACUUGAUAUUCUGUCGACCUUGUUGGGAAUCUCCUUAGUCGAAGGUGGAGAAACAAUCACGCAUGCCACGGUUUUUGACCUUUUUGAUUUUGCGGACCUGGAAAUGUCUCACGGUGUACGAACACCUACGCUAAACAUGCUUCGGGGACUCGAUUUCGACCUUUGUGCGAAAUCUCAAGCCGACAGUUCAGUCAUCCUAUUCGAUCUUGAUGCAGUCCAGGAGCUGAUUCAAGUGAGACGGAGAGAUCACGUCGGAUUAAGCCUGGUACGAACCCAGGAAGAAGAACAGUUCCACCUGGAGGCAGAAACCGUGCUGAGACAAAUCCUUCGGUCGUGGGCUGAACUAGUCACAACAGUAAUCGUCUCAUGCGAUAUGGAAGCUGGACGGCUGCUACCCAAACUUGAAUCCGCCAUGAUCGAGAACACCACUGAAGGUAUCGAGUUAGCUCAACUAGCGGAAGCAUUGAUCAGUAAGCUUGAAAACUUGCCGUCGGCAAGUCGUCCAAGCCGCGGUGGCGAUGUGAUCGACGAGAAACUUUACCAACUCUUCCAAUUGAGCUUACGAGGUAUUUCAUUAGCUUCGUUUUACAAUAUAUGUGCUCACUAUCUUUCACGCAUCACGCUGCUUGGACAUCAGAGCCAGCAGGCUAUCAAGACUUCCGGUGUCUCUUUUAUUGAAGUCAUCUGUGAUGAUGCAUAUGCCGGCCAAGAAAGCUGCAGAUUGGACGCUCAAGAGCAGUCAUUCAUGCUAGCUGAGGCUAUAUCUCAAUCCAACUACCUCAAUAUGUUCUUAGAUUCUGUCAAGGCCGUACCUUCAGAAUUCCGAGAUGCCCAAUCCCAAGAUGUCCCUUUAUUGCUUUCUUAUUACCGUGCUCUCUUAUCACUACUUCAAAAGCUAUGUCAAACCAAAGUCGGUGCGACGUAUUUAUUGAACGCGGGGCUCUUCGCGACAGUACGCGAGUCGCGGUUAUUCGCCGCUGACCCCGACAUCGGCAUAGACAUGGACAAUGAAGACGCGUUACGCAACUACUACGAAUUACUAGUUGCUCUGCUACGUGUGAUUGUCUUGGCAGUAUUUUCCCGUGGUCUUCAUAACGAACAAAUGAUGGAACAAACACGAUCAUUUCUCGCAGAGAACCGAGCCAGCAUGGUGGGUGUAUUCAAACGCCACGCCAAAAUUGGUGGCGAGUCGGCAUCCAACCACCGCCAAGUGGUGCAAGACCUAGUCAAAGCAUACGUUGUACUAGUCAGCGCCACCGGAUUUGUCGACUUUGAGGACAGCGAACUCCGACAGAGCACGGGGCCGAAGGUAUUUUCAUAGAAUCUCUACAGGACCUGUAUUCUUUGUCUCUUUCUGGCAGGUGUUGAGGGGCAUGGACGGCUAUAUAAAAGUCAUAGGAUGGAGUUUGUCUCUUCUUCAUAAUUAUUCUAUGUAACCACUUAGGCUUCAAAUGUUGUUCGCAUUGAUGCGAUUGUCAAUGAAAGCUAAGGCUAUCAAAUGAUCUAAUUGAUCAAUAUACAGUCCCCUUCCCUUAAGAUGCUGGGUCAUAAAGACCUGUACCACCAUACUAUAUAGGAAGCAUAAUAUGUCUAACUAACAUU